CGGGUUUGCGCCAUAAUCCCACGGAAUCCGCAUUCUGAACCAUUUCCUUCGCUUUCCCCUUCGCCCUCUCUCUCUCCCAGUCUCCACCCACCAUUUCUCCUCCUCUUUCCGUCGGGUCUACUGCACCUUGCCCUCCCCCAUGAACCUGUGGACGGACGACAACGCCUCCAUGAUGGAGGCCUUCAUGGCUUCUGCCGACCUCCCCACCUUCCCCUGGGGAGCGCCGGCCGGGGGCGGCAACUCGUCGGCCGCCGCGGCGUCGCCGCCGCCGCCGCAGAUGCCAGCGGCGACGGCUCCCGGGUUCAACCAGGACACGCUGCAGCAGAGGCUACAAGCCAUGAUAGAGGGGUCGAGGGAGACCUGGACCUACGCCAUCUUCUGGCAGUCCUCCCUUGACUCCGCCACCGGCGCCUCGCUGCUCGGCUGGGGGGACGGCUACUACAAGGGCUGCGACGAAGACAAGCGCAAGCAGAAGCCGCUCACGCCCUCCGCCCAGGCCGAGCAGGAGCACCGCAAGCGCGUGCUCCGCGAGCUCAACUCCCUCAUCUCCGGCGCGGCGGCGGCUCCCGACGAGGCCGUCGAGGAGGAGGUCACCGAUACCGAGUGGUUCUUCCUCGUCUCCAUGACGCAGUCGUUUCUCAACGGUUCGGGCCUCCCCGGGCAGGCGCUCUUCGCCGGGCAGCCCACAUGGAUCGCCUCUGGCCUCUCCUCCGCGCCGUGCGAGCGCGCGCGUCAGGCCUACAACUUCGGCCUCCGCACCAUGGUCUGCUUCCCCGUCGGCACCGGGGUGCUCGAGCUCGGCUCCACCGACGUCGUGUUCAAGACCGCCGAGAGCAUGGCUAAGAUCCGCUCGCUCUUUGGGGGCGGAGCAGGGGGUGGCUCGUGGCCGCCCGUGCAGCCUCAGGCGCCGUCGUCGCAGCAGCCCGCCGCCGGAGCCGACCACGCGGAGACGGACCCGUCCAUGCUAUGGCUCGCCGACGCGCCGGUCAUGGACAUCAAGGAUUCCUUGUCGCACCCGUCGGCCGAGAUCUCCGUCUCCAAGCCUCCGCCGCAUCCGCCGCAGAUCCAUUUUGAGAACGGGAGCACGAGCACGCUCACGGAGAACCCCAGCCCCUCCGUGCACGCGCCGCCACCCCCGCCGGCGCCGGCUGCUCCACAGCAGCGGCAGCACCAGCACCAGAAUCAGGCGCACCAGGGCCCGUUCCGCCGGGAGCUCAAUUUCUCGGACUUCGCGUCCACUCCUUCCUUGGCGGCGACCCCGCCGUUCUUCAAGCCCGAGUCCGGCGAGAUCCUCAGCUUCGGCGCCGACAGCAACGCCCGGAGGAACCCGUCGCCGGUACCUCCCGCCGCCACCGCCAGCCUCACCACCGCUCCCGGGAGCCUCUUCUCGCAGCACACGGCGACCAUGACGGCCGCCGCGGCGAACGACGCGAAGAACAACAACAAGCGCUCAAUGGAGGCCACCUCCCGGGCGAGCAACACCAACCACCACCCGGCGGCGACGGCGAACGAGGGCAUGCUGUCCUUCUCGUCGGCGCCGACUACGCGGCCGUCGACGGGCACGGGCGCGCCGGCCAAGUCGGAGUCCGACCACUCGGACCUGGACGCGUCUGUGCGCGAGGUGGAGAGCAGCCGCGUGGUGGCGCCGCCACCGGAGGCGGAGAAGCGGCCGCGAAAGCGCGGGCGGAAGCCCGCGAACGGGCGCGAGGAGCCGCUGAACCACGUGGAGGCGGAGCGGCAGCGGCGGGAGAAGCUGAACCAGCGCUUCUACGCGCUGCGCGCCGUGGUGCCCAACGUGUCGAAGAUGGACAAGGCGUCGCUGCUCGGCGACGCCAUCUCCUACAUCAACGAGCUCCGGGGCAAGCUGACGUCGCUGGAGACCGACAAGGAGACGCUGCAGACCCAGGUGGAGGCGCUCAAGAAGGAGCGCGACGCGCGGCCGCCCUCGCACUCCGCUGGGCUCGGCGGGCACGACGGCGGGCCGCGCUGCCACGCGGUGGAGAUCGACGCCAAGAUCCUGGGGCUGGAGGCCAUGAUCCGCGUGCAGUGCCACAAGCGCAACCACCCGUCGGCGCGGCUGAUGACAGCGCUCCGCGAGCUCGACCUGGACGUGUACCACGCCAGCGUGUCCGUCGUCAAGGACCUCAUGAUCCAGCAGGUCGCCGUCAAGAUGGCCAGCCGCGUGUACACGCAGGACCAGCUCAGCGCCGCGCUCUACAGCCGCCUCGCGGAGCCCGGGUCUGCCAUGGGCAGGUAAUCAAGGAGGAGAGCUGCUCAGCUCGCCUGUGGCUGCCGGAUUAGGGGACGACACUGAUACUACUGCUACUCACCACCGGACUGUCCUGUCGUCGUGGUCACCACGGUUACAACACGAUAGGCAGAAAGAUUCAGGAGGGAGGGAGACGACGACGAUGCCGGUGCUGUAUAAACUUUAGAAGGAUGGAUGGAUGGAUGAUGAUACCGAGCUUCUGCUGCUGUUCAUCAUCAUCUUCUUGUGUUUUUGCUAGUAGCGUGUUAAUUAGCAGGAUUAAGCAACCAACAAGUGUCCAACCGUUGUUGUUAAUUAAGUACAUGUUGUGAGCGACCAACCGAUGUUAGCGUUGGGUUGGAUCCAAACCUGUGUAUAGUAUAUGGAUCAGCCGUCGUCCUAUCCGGUGGACGAUGCCCUGAUCCUGAUGUAUGUAUUUUUACAGCAGGAUUUCGCUUUGCAAUGGAGUCAGGCUUUU